AUGACAGGCGAUUCGACCACAGCAGGGGGAUACCGCCCCGUAGUAGGGGGCGCGCGGAAACCGGGUCCGCGGAGUUUGAGUUGGCGGAGCAGGGGGAGGUUGCGCGCAUCGUUCACACUCUCCGCGUAUACGUUCUCCGCCGCGUGGGCAUGGCUACUAGUAGCGCUGAUUGCGUCCGCCUUAUGUGCGCAAACGGCGUCCGCCGCGAAGCCCUUCUCACGCUCCCUGCUCCGCAACGGCGGGUUCGACAAACUGGGCGCCGCGCUAGAAGACCUGAUUAAGCGCUCCGGAGGGCGAUUAGGCCGCGUGGUUCGCGGUGUGAAAGAGGUGCCAGGCUGGAAGGCAUCGAAAGGGGGAGUUAAUCUACUCCGCGUAUCGGGGGAUAUCCAGUGCGAAGCCACCGGGGGAACGGCGGUCGGAGCGCAGCGGAGCGCCAAUGGCACGUGCAUGCCGAGCGAACAGAGCGCGCCUCGGUAUAGCGUGCAGAUUCCCGCGGUUCCCGCGCGGUCCAUCUUCCAGUCGCUAGAGACGGUAGCAGGUUGUGACUAUAGCGGGUCGUUCGCGAUGCGCGCGCCGGUGCUGCGGCUCGGCGACCCGGCGUCCGUGCUUCUGACCGUGGUCGACGCCGCUACUGGCGCUGAGCUGCUAUUCGACGUGUUCACUGAAAAGAUGACGACCAACUGGGUGCGCAAGUCCUUCGCGUUCCGCGCAGCCAGCGCGGAGAGCCUGCUGACGUUCGGCGCGGGUCCGCUGAACGGCACUGCUGACGUGGACGCGGGGAACGGCGUCGCGAUCGACGCGGUGAAGGUCGAGAACGUCGGAUGCUCCUCGCAGUGCGUGCGCCGGUGUGCGGGGAAGCCGCUGAACUCGAUCCUCAUUGACUAUAACGCGGAUAAUGCUGCUGUGUCUGGGAAUUCGGUUACCAUCACACACAAGAGCGACACUGGAGGGUCCAGAUGGCAGUCAAUGCAGUUCACAUCGGGCGUGUUCCGUGCGUCCAUGCAGUGCUCCUCCGCUGACACCUCUGGCCUUAUGUACUCUUUUUAUCUGGACUCGAGCGCGCGCAUAGGCGCCAACUCAGGCCUGGGGUGGGACUUUGUGGGCAACAACAAGACGACGGCCCUGGCCACGUACCACGUGAACGGGGUGGUUUACCCCCAGAAAAUCAGCCUGGGGUUCCACUGCGCGGAGGCCCCGCACGUGUUCACCAUCUACUGGGACGCCAACUAUGCUGCGUGGUACGUUGACGGCAAGCUGGCGCGAGCUCUGGUGAAGCAGCAGGGGCAGCCGUACCCGUUCCGCCCCAUGUUCCUGUACGGCACACUCGCCGCUGCUGCCGGCACCAGCAUGGAGCGAUACGCCGGCGCGUAUACCCCCAGCACCACCGUCUAUACUGCUGCUUGGACUGGCAUCACGGUGAUUUCCCCUCUGAUGGCGGAGGUGGGGCAGCCAUCAAACCCCUCGCCACCUCCCCCCGCAACGUACCCCGCAAGCAUAGCGCCGGCGACGCUGACGCCCCUGGCGGUGGAUUACUGCGACGACCACUGCAUUGGGUGCAGCAGCAGCACGGACGGGAGUGCAACCAUCAAGAUGGACAAUAGCUGUGGUUCUCGCUUCCGCUCGUCCCUGCCAAACAGCUUUGGGUUCUUCAGUGUAGACUAUCGGUGCCCGCAGGGGAAGGGCAGCGGCCUUGUCUCCAGCUUCUACUUAUCAUCGCAGGAGGGCAGCAAGGUGCAGGACGAGAUCGACUUUGAGUGGCUGGGCAAGAACAACACGGUCGUGCAGACCAACUACUACGUGCAAGGGGUGGGCGGCAACGAAAAGCUCAUCACCCUCGGCCACGACUGCUCUGCCGCGUUCCAUAACUACGCGCUGUACUGGACCAACAAGCAGCUCAUCUGGUACAUUGACUUUGUCCCAGUGCGGGUUCUCCUCAACACCACCGCCAUAGACGGCGCGCCGUACCCCUCCAAGCCCUCCUUCCUCUACGCCAGCGUGUGGGACGCCAGUGGCAUCUGUGGCGGCUGCUGGGCGGGCAACAGGGACCCUGGCACCGCCACCGACCCCACGUGGCAGGUCUUUGCAGAGUACAGGAACAUGACUGUGCGCUCGCCGCUGUGGGGAUGA